AUGAGUUCAAAUGAAAUCAUACUUACAACUUGUCUUGUAUUCUAUCUUAUAUCUGGAGGUAGAUGGACAGUUGUACUAUUUACAAUAGUAUUAACUUACAUUCUAAAACAAACCAGAAUGCAACGUGAAACACCACCUACAAAAUCAUCAAAAUCUAAAUCAUCACCUAUUUAUGCCGUUGAUUUCACAACUUCAGCUCCAGCUAAACCAAAAUCAACAAUACGAUCAAGAGGUAAACGUACUCCAAAAGUUAUACAGAAGAAACAACGUCCUAGUACUCCUACACUUACCAAAUCGAUAGAUUUAUCAUUAUCAAACAUAUACAUCUUUUACUCAACCCUUACUGGUUCUUCCAAAAGAAUCGCUGAAAAACUUCACUCUACUUUAUCAACUUCAAAAAAUUCAAAAUUGUUAUCCUUAGAUGAUGACGUCGACGAUCUUGAAGAAUAUUUUUUGAAAUGUCCUGAAAAUGCCAUAUAUUUAUUAGUAAUCCCAUCAUAUGAAACAGAUAGUCCAAUAGAUUAUUUCAUAGAUCAUUUAAUUGACGUAGCUCAAGAUUUCAGGAUUGAUAAAUAUCCAUUGUCUAAACUUAUCGGAUUUUCAGUAUUAGGUGUGGGAGAUAGUGAAUCUUGGAAUGAUAAAUUUUGCUACCAGGGUAAACUUAUAGACAAAUGGAUGGGUAAACUUGGUGGGAGAAGAAUAUAUCCAUUUGGUGAAGUUUGUGUCAAGACUUCUUAUGAGAAAUCUGAGUCUUGGAUUUCUGGGUUACAUCAAUCUUUUAAUGACAAUGAGGCUUUUUAUAUUGAUGAAGUUGAUUCUGAUCUCGAUUCAGAUUCAGAUGAAUCAAAUUCAGAUGAAACAUUAGUUGAUGUUGAAGAAUUAGGAAAAGGUAUGAGAAAUGAAUCAAGUAAAGAAGUUAAAGAAAUGGUAGCUAAAGAUUCACCUACUUUUAAAUCUUUAACUAAACAAGGAUAUACUAUUGUUGGAUCGCACAGUGGUGUUAAGAUUUGUAGAUGGACUAAAUCAGCAUUAAGAGGACGUGGAUCAUGUUACAAGUUUGCAUUUUAUGGAAUUAAAUCUCAUUUAUGUAUGGAAACUACCCCAUCAUUGGCAUGUUCAAAUAAAUGUGUGUUUUGUUGGAGACAUGGUACUAAUCCAGUUGCUAAAUCACAAUGGAGAUGGGCAUUAGAUCCACCUGAAAAGAUAUUGAAUGGCGCUUUAGCUGGUCAUUAUCAAAAAAUCAAACAAUUGAGAGGUGUUCCUGGUAUACAAAUGGAUCGAUUCAAUGAAGCAUUUAAAGUUAGACAUUGUGCUUUGUCAUUAGUUGGAGAACCGAUAUUUUAUCCUCAUAUUAAUGAAUUUGUUAAAAUGUUACAUGAUUUGCACAUAUCCUCAUUUUUGGUCUGUAAUGCUCAACAUCCAGAUGCAUUAGCUAAAUUAUCAAAAGUUACUCAAUUAUAUGUUUCAAUAGAUGCACCAACCAAAACAGAUUUGAAAAAAGUUGAUCGUCCAUUGAAUAGUGAUUUUUGGGAAAGAUUAAUUUCAUGUUUAGACAUAUUAAGAACAACUCAAUCACAUCAAAGAACAGUGUUUAGAUUAACAUUGGUUAAAGGUUUCAACAUGAGUGAUAUUGAAGCAUAUGCAGACAUGGUUGAACGCGCAAGACCUUCUCAAAUUGAAAUUAAAGGUGCUACAUUUUGUGGUACUUCUGCAUCUGGUGGAAAUCCAUUAACAAUGCAAAAUAUUCCGUUUUAUGAGGAAUGUAAAGAAUUUGUAAUUAGUAUAGUUGAUGAAUUAAAAAGAAGAAAUUUGGGUUAUGAUAUUGCUGCUGAACAUGCUCAUUCUUGUUGUAUUUUAAUAGCUGAUGAAAAGUUUAAAAUUAAUGGUAAAUGGUUUACUCAUAUUGAUUAUCCAAAAUUCUUUGAAUUAUUGGAAAGUGGUCAAGAGUUCAAUGAUUUAGAUUAUGUUAAAGAAACUCCUGAGUGGGCUAUUUGGGGUUCUACAGAAGGUGGAUUUAAUCCAAAAGAUACUAGAUUUAUAAGGAAGAAGAAGGGUAAUAAAACACAAGACCUGUAA